AUGUCCUCGCCCCCGUCCUCAUCCUGGCAGGACCGCCGCUUCAUGUGGCCCGCGGGCCGCGAAGUCCACGAAGGCAGCGUCCGUCGUAUGUCUGGCUCCUCCGGCAGCGACAAGACCGCCGAGUCCCCCGUCCUGAACAAUGCUACCCCUGCCACCGACGCCGGACCACCAGCUCUCCCCGACUACCCGCUCGUGGAGAAGAAGGUGCUCUCCAACCCGGACGCCUGGGGCGGCGACAGACGAUUCAUAGGCAGAAUCGGAAGAGAGGUGCACGAGCCCGCCAGGAGGCUGAGCGGGUCGAGUGCAAGCAAGCCGGCCGAUGUGCCCAAGGCCAGCUCGCCCCCUGCCACGAGCUCCGGCGGAGGCAUUGCGGCUGCGAUUGCCGGACGGAGACGGUCCUCUGCCUCCAACCAAGGUGGCAUCUUCUCCGGCCUCAUGGCAAACCGAGACGCCCACUCCGAGCGUCGACAGGGCUGGGAGGACAUGAAGAAGCCCGAAGGCUUCAGCGCAUUCAUGUCCGGGCUGGUCAACACGAAGCCCGCCGAAGAGAAGAAGUGA